AUGGGGCUCAGGCUCAGAGAAACCCUGUUGGAGGAGUCAGACAGGUCCGAGGGCAGCUGGGAGCUGAGGAACCUCUGUUUUGUCCGACAACUGCCGGAACAGAGACCAGGCCUGGCCAACAUCACUCGUAAGCCUGAGAUACCAGGAGCAGACGACGCUGCGGGGACUCAAGUGAAGUUUACUUCCGGGCCACACUUAACCUUUACAUCUCCAACAAUCCCUGCUGUCACCCUGGAGUCCCAAUCUUCGCAUCCUGAUUUCUGUUCUGGUGGUUCUAUCCUGGGGCCUAAUGACACCAGCUCUAUACCCACUAGUUCACCUUGUACUCCUUUGAGUCCUGAGCUCCUGGACCCACUGCGUCAGCUACUAGCAGAUGAAGAGGAUAAUCUCAGGCCCCCCCAGGAUGCCAGGACUCCAGACAGUAAGCCUGAACUGGUGGCCAGAGAUCCAGCUGGUGCCAGGGCCCUGUCAACUGUGGAGGGGCAGGAAGAGUGUGAGGGACAGGCAGAGGAGGAAUGCCCCAUCUGCACUGAGCCUUACGGGUCUGAUGAGCAGCACCAGGCCUUGCUGAACUGUGGUCACAGCCUGUGUGUGGGCUGCCUGCACCAGCUGUUGGGCAUAACCCCCAGAGCUGACCUGGGCCGUGUGUGCUGUCCACUGUGUCGUCAGAAGACACCCAUGCUAGAGUGGGAGAUCUGUCAGCUGCAGGAGGAACUGCUUCGAGCUGAUGGACCCCAGCGCCCAGUGCCCAUUGCAUCCACCACACCCCUGCGCCCUGGCCCUGGGCCCUGGGGAUCCUUGGAGCACCGCUACCGCCUGCGUUUUCUGGCAGGGCCUGUGGGAGGCCGGAGCUGCCUCCCCUUCCUUCCCUGCCCUCCCAGCCUAAGUACCUGGCUGUGGACACUGCGGGAACGUGGCCCCUGUGCCCGUCGCCUAUCACUGCUGAGCCUGCUGGCAUUAGAAGUGCUGGGUCUGGUGCUCAUCUUCAUGCCGCUCAUGUUACUAGGAGUGUUCUUCAUGCUCCUAGACCGUUCCAGCCGCUGAACAGAGCUCAGGGCGUUGGCCAAGCUUUGAAGCCCACGCUUAGAUUCUGGUCAUUAGCAAAGACUUGCUAUCACAAUCCCAAGACCAGGCCUACUCAAGAGCCUGGGUCAGCCAGAGUGCUUACACACCCCUGCAGCCCAGAUAAUGACAGAGCCAAGGACACUAAGCCAAGGACAGCCUCUGAAGGAGAUUGGCCUAACAGGAAGGGCUGUGACCAGAGCCCCAUGUGCUUACCACGGACAAACACCUUACUGGCCAGAGGCAAUGGCUGGAUUCUAACACCAACUCCUGAGGUCUAUCUCGUGAGGGUAGGCGCAAAUGUGAAUAGAGGUCUAGCAGAAUUCUGUUGCUAGAAGGCAAGGGCUGCAGGGACCCUCUCCCUGUCCAGACAGAGGUUAGUGUGUGCCCCUGAAGGCCACAGUAGCUAGCUGGAGAGGCCUGCACUACACAGACCCAUCCUUCAAAAGCUCCUCACCCAACCUAAGAUGCCCGGAGCAACUAGGAUCAAUAUUGGUUUUGUGCUGCAAGGACCAAGGUUCAAUCCAGGCCCUGAAACCAGCAAAUGGCCAUGGCCAAGGUCCAGCUCUGUAACUGACUAUACAAUUCAUGUCACUGGACUCGGAGCCCUCACUUGGGCAAUGAAGACAAGUGUAAGCCACCUCUUGGCUUACUGGUGACAGUGUAAGGUGGGCUGAUUCUGUCUACAUCCAGCAUAAGAGUGGCUCUCAAUAAACAGUUGCUACUGA